AUGACAGAUGCUUACAGGCUGCUGCAAAGUGGCGGGCCCGACACACUCGCGAAGUUUUGCGCUGACAACAAUGUAAAGGUGGACGAUGUGUGGGUCCCGCUUCUGCUACUGCGUCCUCCACGUGCAAAGAACGACACCCCCGUGCCCAUUUCUCCCACCACGGCUAUUGUGCUUCUUGAGCAUGCCAGUGGGAGACUGGUGACGCGGCGCGGUGAAAUUUUGGCGCAUAUCCCGCUUUUGUUUGUCGAUGAGCACAAUCUGGCUCUUCCACCUAGCGCCGUGCCAGAUGACUGCACCGUCUUCGUCCGGGCCUCCAAAAGCAUGAUAAAGAAGCGCAUGGCGAAGGGGAUGCAGAUUCUGCAUCGCCCCAUUACGAGUGAUCAGGCUAUUUCUGAGGGUUCUGCUUUAGUCGUGGCGGGAGAAACCCAACUUGCUCGAAAACGUCUGCGAACAAGCACAAAAAGUGGGGCUGACACAGAGACCAUGACAGGAGAUACAGGGGCUGCAGCACAGCAGCGGAAGAGAACGGUAGAGAUGGGUGUACGGUUUGAAGAAUACCUUCAAAAGGCCUUGGAGGAGUCCCGCGGUGGUCAGGGAGCUCAUGGCGGUGUUAUUAUGAAGGAGACGAUGGCCAAUCUUCUUCGCGUGCGUGAUGCGGUGCCGCUCCACUUCGUGAUGCGUGGAAAACCACAAACCACAAUUCAUGUCAAAGGCGUUGCAUGGAAUAUUCCGGACUGGCGAGUCCUUUAUCGCGUUUUUAGGAGGGGUGGCACAGUGGAUGCGGCAUCCAAAACUACCUACAACGAUGCCGCCCGGCUCAUUGCCGUUUUUAUGAUUGACAAUGUCCUCAUCCGACGUGAACCCAUACGUGCGUACCUGCAACGGGGACAUCAUGUGUGGUCCCUGGCAGAUCUGGAUUUGCCCUCUGCCGUGCACAAGCUUGCCGAAAAGGGUUACCGCAUCGUUUUACUGGAUCAUUAUCCCUCACUUCACCAUGGCAAUGAGAUUGCGCUUGAGGCGAAGCUAAACCCCGUUGCAGAACUCUGUCAACAGCAUUUCAGCUGCGACGUGACGGUGGUGGUAUCAACAAUGUCUUGCAUCAGUGCAACCCACCGACGUGACGGAAUGCCCUUUAUUCUUCCAUACUCUGGCUUGUGGCAGUUUUUUACAAUUCAGUUGAACGGCGGCCUCCGCGCCGAUGCGGAAUCGUUGCUUGUGGGUGAGUCUCUGGGGGAUGUAGAGUACGGCCGUGCAGAUGUGUUAUCUCAGGGACGACGGGAUGCAGAGUUUGCGAGGAACUGUGGUCUUCGUUACAUGGAUAGCGACCGCCUUAAGAAGGAAGCACUGUAG